AUGAAGCUCUCCGCUGCAUUCUCUGCCCUCGCGCUCGCUCUGACCGCGCGUGCUGCGCCAUCUGCCGACUACGACCGUUGCACCGUCGCUCGUGCUCAGGCGGACGGUCUUCGCGACGACUACCAGCCUUGGAUCGAGCAGCUCUUCUCACCCUGCGUCGGUCCUGCCAGCAACUUCUGGUCCACCAAGACGUGCAUCGCGGCCGCGAUUGCGAUGGGCCCUCGUACCAUCGUUGACUUUGCUACGUGCGACAAGGCUAGCACCCCUGACCAGGCUUCUCAGCCCGACCUCGACGAGAGCCUCUACGGCGAGAUCGGCGACAUCACGCCGCAGAAGUUGCUCGACCUCGUCUACGGCGAGCUUUCCGCCAUCAACGCUUCCAUUUGGCCCGAGAGCGGCGAUGAGAUCCUCGAGGAUGUCAUUGGCCCCGUCUUCACCUGGGCUGGCGAGUCGCCCAUCUCGUAUGAGCGCUUCAACAAGUGGCUCCACGACUCAGGUUACAUCAGCAUCAUCACCGACGACGAGCAUACCAGCGGCAAGACCUACUACUACGAUCACGAGGAUGACAAGCCCUAA